UGACAGUUGAAAGAAAGAGAAAGUAGAUUUGGACAUUGUUGAACAGAGCUGAGACGCCAUCACAGGGUGAGAGAUCUCUGCUGGAAAACACACGUUUGGAGUAUUUGAAACAAUCAAGGGAAGAGACGUUCACUCGACACCUGUACAUGGAAACUGUCCUGUACUGACUCUGACAGACAUCCUGACUGCGCCAUCUGCUGGUGAGAAGAUGACAUGGCAACACUUCCUGCUGUUCAUUCAGCCCGUGACAGAGGAGAGAUCAUAGACUGAGAGUGUGAAAGUUAAACUGACAGUAGAUUUGGACAUUGUUGAACAGAGCUGAGACGCCAUCACAGGGUGAGAGAUCUCUGCUGGAAAACACACGUUUGGAGUAUUUGAAACAAUCAAGGGAAGAGACGUUCACUCGACACCUGUACAUGGAAACUGUCCUGUACUGACUCUGACAGACAUCCUGACUGCGCCAUCUGCUGGUGAGAAGAUGACAUGGCAACACUUCCUGCUGUUCAUUCAGCCCGUGACAGAGGAAAGUGAAACUAAAAGCAGAUUUGGACAUUGUUGAACAGAGCUGAGACGCCAUCACAGGGUGAGAGAUCUCUGCUGGAAAACACACGUUUGGAGUAUUUGAAACAAUCAAGGGAAGAGACGUUCACUCGACACCUGUACAUGGAAACUGUCCUGUACUGACUCUGACAGACAUCCUGACUGCGCCAUCUGCUGGUGAGAAGAUGACAUGGCAACACUUCCUGCUGUUCAUUCAGCCCGUGACAGAGGAAAGUGAAACUAAAAGCAGAUUUGGACAUUGUUGAACAGAGCUGAGACGCCAUCACAGGGUGAGAGAUCUCUGCUGGAAAACACACGUUUGGAGUAUUUGAAACAAUCAAGGGAAGAGACGUUCACUCGGUGAGUCUGUGGAAAAAUAACUUCAGUAUCAAAUGGCUGAGAAAAUAACUCUUUUUGAAAGUUUCCUGAACUGCCACGUGUGUUCAGAGACUUUCAGAGAUCCUGUGUCUCUGAGCUGCAACCACAGCUUCUGUUCAAGCUGCCUGCAGAAAUUCUGGGAACAAGCUGGAAACAAAAACUGUCCCAUUUGUAAAAGAAAAUCAUCAAAGGAUUAUCCAGGAGUCAACUUUCCACUGAAGGAACUGGCUGACUCCUUUGCUGAGAGACAGAAAACUGGAUCAUCUGAGACAGAAAAAGGAGAGAAGAAGGUGGAGGAGGUGUGUAGUAAACAUAAAGAAGAGCCUCCAUUGUUCUGUGAGGACGAGCAGAGAGCUGUGUGUCCUGUCUGUGAGUUUUCUCUCCACCAGAGUCACAAGGUGGUUCCUGUAGAACAAGCAGUCCGGGACCUGAAGGAGCAGCUGAAAUCUGACUUAGAGUCUCUGCAGGACAAGAGGGACAAAUACAAACAAGUGGAGGAAACAUACAAUGAAGUGAUUCAACAGUCCAAGAAGCAGCUGUUGUCCACAGAGAGGCAGAUCAGAGCAGAGUUCAACAAGCUCCACCAGUUCCUGAAAGAGGAAGAGGAGUCCAGACUGGCAGCUCUGAGGGAGGAAGAGGAGCAGAAGGGGAAGACUGUGAGCAGAGAGAUGAAGAAGAUUCAGGAGCAGAUGUCCUCUCUGUCAGACAGGAUCUCUGCUGUUGAAGAAGAGCUGCAGAAACCCAGCGUGCCAUUCCUCAGCAGUUAUAAAGCCACUCAGACCAGAGCCAGAGUCCAGCGCUCACUGUCAGAUCCACAGCUGCUCUCAGGAGCGCUGAUAGAUGUGGCCAAACACCUGGGCAACCUGUCCUUCAGAGUCUGGGAGAAGAUGAAGGACAAGGUCCACUUCAGUCCUGUCAUUCUGGACCCAAACACUGCAAACUGCUGUCUCUAUCUGUCUGAUGAUCUGACCAGUGUGAGACGUGGAGACGCAAACCAGCAGCUUCCUGACAAUCCAGAGAGAAACACUAAGUAUGCCCUUGUUCUGGGCUCUGAGGGCUUCAGCUCAGGGAAACACAGCUGGGAGGUGGAGGUGGGAGACCAUCCUGACUGGACUGUAGGUUUGGCUAAAGAGUCAGUUGACAGGAAGGGAGAGACAUUUCCCUCACCAAAAUAUGGAUUCUGGUGUUUAAGGCAUCACAGUGGAAAAUACACUGAUGUUGUUGGUAAGACUGUCAGAGUGAAGAAGAGUCUCCAGAGGAUCAGAGUCCAGCUGGACUAUGACAAGAGGAAGGUGUCCUUCUACAACCCUGAAGACAUGACUCACAUCUGCACUCACAGAGACACUUUCACUGAGAAACUCUUCCCAUAUUUUUAUAUUUUCAGGUCUGGUGAUGCUGAAACCUCUGAUAUCAAAAUCUGUCACACUGAGAUUUCUCUGUGACGUUCAGGAAUGUAAGUUUAUUGUUCCAACUUUUACUUUCAGACUGUUUGAGGUUUAUUAAACUCUAAACUCAUCAUCACACUUCAGACCCAAACAUUCUUGAUCUGCUCGUCUUUUAUAUCUAAAGCAGAUUUCAUUUGGUGUUGAGGGUCAACAAAUUAAUUUUGCUGACUGUUUCUGUAGUUUGAAAGAUAAUUACGACUUUACUCCGAUCUCAAUGUCUGUCUAGAUCACAUUAGAAAAAUCAGCAUGAAUAAAAGUUAAAGCAGAUUAAAAUGAUAUCUAAAUACUGAAAUUGUUUUAUAUCAUCCGGCCUUGAGCUUUCAUCCAGGUUCAAAUCAAUUCUAAUGUUCAGAUUCUAACAUGUUAGCCUGGUCAGCAGCAUCUGGUUUUUAAUCAGACCACAAUAUAACAUGUCAAGUAUCCACUAUACCAACACGUUGCUUCCUGUUGUGGGAUUCUUUAACUUUAAUCAUCAUCAAACAUCAGUUUUACUUUGAGAGAUUUCUGGAUCUUCUGUUCACUUCAGGAUUCACUUUAGUUCAGUUCAGUCAAAAUGUAUUAAAGGUUGGAACUCCUGCUUUAGAUAUUCAUUUUACUUCUUCAUGGAGUUUGUGGCUUUUCAAAAAGAAAUAGUAGUAGUGUGUUAGUUGAGCUGCCUCUUAAAUAAAGUUUAAUCUCCAAGAAAAUGCUGAAACUGUAUGACGUCAUCAGGAGACAAAGUUCUCCUGGUUAUCAACAUCUGGAGUCAAACAACAUUGUACAGUAGUUUGUAUCCACUGUACCAAAUGCUGCGUUUCACUUUCCUCUUUUUAACAUCAUCAGUUAUAUUUUUUGAUGCUUUUGAGUCUUUUGAGUUAUUUCAGGUUUGGGUCUGUUGUUUUAUUUCUUUUUAGAAAAAACUGUUCAAAUUGAUUUCAAUUUUAAUUUGGACCUUAAUUCUUACAGUGCUUCUUUAUACUGCAGUUUGUAGUGAGUACAUCAUCAGUAACAUGAUAAAUAAACAUGAUACGUGAUAAAUCUCCAGUUUAUGAUCAACAUAAAGAAAAUACCAGCAGUACAAUUUAGUUUAAUGUUUUUUUUAUUGCUUCAGCUAUUUCUUAAUAAAGUAAAUGUACAUCA